UUUCAAUAUAAUUGGCCCUAGCUAAAAUGGAUGAAGAGAAAAAGGGUAUGAUUAGUAUAGGCAUGAAUUCAAUGACAAUUACAUUUAUGUGCCAAGAUGCUUUUGCGAUUAUACUUCUAUUGACACUAUACUUGAUUGGAAAGGACAAAACAUGAUCAGUCGAUAUGGAGUCUUUGUUAAUAGCAUACAUUAUCAUUAAAGCAUGAUUUAUAGUGGUAAGAUCAUUUCUUUGAUGCCUUACAAUCUUCUGUCAACUAGUUGGGUUAAUUGCAAGUGUUGUAUCAGCAAUAAUAUCUACAAUUGUUAUUGUUAUCUAUUAUAUUAUUGCUAUGAUAAAUUUCUUUACAAAAGACCAUGAUUGAUUUGAUAAUGCGAAAGUCCAUUGGAUUGCAUUACUCAUCAUAACAAUUGAAGCUCUGACACUAUUCUUAAUAAUUGUUCUCAUAAUUUGACUAUGAGCAUGCUUAAUACCAAUAUUUUUGAAAAUGAAAUCUGAAGAUAAAGAUAUUGAAGAAGGAAAGUAAGAACGAAAAGUUUGAUUAAUUCAUAUUUCAAUUUUUGUUA